CUGUAGAAGAAAAAAACCCUCACAGAAAUCCAACACGUUCUGCACGACGUGUUUGUUAAAACCUGAAGGCGAAUGGAUGGUUUUUUUUCAAGAACGGAGCUGAACAGAACCGAGCCAGACCGAGACAGCGGCACCGAAGAGGCAGAGGCAGAGGAGGAGUCGGCUUCCCUCAUCAGAAGAGGAAAAAAUCCUCAGAAUUUUAGCUUUGAGAUCCGUCUUUUUUAAUAGUUUUAAACAGUUCGUCAGAUUCUUGAAGACAUUCCGGUGUCAUUGUGGGUUGUUUUUUUUUUAACUUAUUGAUUUAUUUUUGUAUAAUUUACGUGCAGCUGCCUUUGCAUGCACUAAGGUCGGACCUGCAGCUCUUGGCGUGCAAGAGCGUAAAUAACAGUAAACAAUAAACAACACCGGGGGGUAACAGACAUGGACAUGGCGAGAUUGAACGGCUUCUCCUGCGACAGGAACAUCCUUUGUCUGUUUGACGUGGACGGAACCCUGACAAGACCCAGAGAGAAAAUCGAGCCACAGUUGGACCAGUUCCUUCAGAUCCUGCGGCGGAAGGUGAAGAUCGGCAUCGUGGGAGGGUCAGACUACUCCAAGAUUGCAGAGCAGCUCGGGGAGGGAGACGAUGUUGUUCACAAGUUUGAUUAUGUGUUUGCUGAGAAUGGAACGGUGCAGUACAAGGACGGCAAACUCAUCUCCAAACAUGCUAUCCAGAACCAGAUUGGUGAAGAGCUUCUGCAGGAACUGAUCAAUUUCUGCCUCAGCUACAUGGGACUCAUUAAGUUGCCAAAGAAAAGAGGGACGUUCAUUGAGUUCAGGAACGGGAUGCUCAACAUUUCUCCCAUUGGUCGCAGUUGCUCCCCCGAGGAACGGAAGGAGUUCUCUGAAAUUGACAAGAAAGAGAAGAUCCGAGAAAAGUUCGUUGCUGCACUGAAAGAGCAGUUUGCAGGAAGAGGUUUACGGUUCACAAAAGGCGGCGUCAUCAGCUUUGACAUUUUUCCAGAAGGCUGGGACAAGAGAUUAUGUCUGGAGGUGCUGGAGAGAGAAGGGCUGGACGCCAUCUACUUCUUCGGCAACGAGACCACCGAUGGAGGAAACGACUAUGAAAUAUUCAACGACCCCAGGACCAUUGGCUUCACAGUUUACUCUCCAGACGACACGGCUCGGCUCUGUCAGGACAUUUUCUUCAAUUCUGCACAAAACAGUUCCUGAGGCACUGACUCCUAUGACUCCAGCCACAGUCCUGGCUCCAGGAACUUUAACCCUCGUGUCCUCCUGAACUAAAGGUUUUUUUUAUUUAAUGAACUGCUAAAACAUACCACUACUGAUUGAUUGAUAUUAUUGCUUUGUUACUGUUUAUUAAAUCCCACUGUUGUCAUUUUUAAAGGAAUGCAGUAAGUAUUAAUGUGAGGUUGUUUUUUACUGUGACAGAGGUUAUAUUUAAGUGCAGUAUGUAGAAGGUCACAUCAAGUUAAUCCAAGAGAGUUUAUCAAAAUGUAUAUUCAUCCAGAUUAGAAUGAUAUUUUGCACUAAGGUUGACCUGAUGUAAUACCAGAGUUGGAUGAUAGGAACAGGCCGUGAGUGUGUGAGAGAAAGUGACACUGUCGACCAGUGUGUGUGUACUUUUAACAUGAAAUGUGAAUGAAUGAAUGAAUGAAACUCCAAUAAUGAUUUUGUAAGAGUCAGUAAUUAACCUCACUGAGCUUAGAACGGCUGGACAAAAAGAAGAUUUUAUUGUUGGGUAUUUAAGUGGAAAUUCAAUGUGUAAUUAUUGGUGACAUGACUUGGUGUUUAUUUGCUUGAUAUUUCAUUUGCUGGUGUUGAAUAGUGUGUUUAAAAAGGGACCUUCUUGUUUUUAUUUUUUGUAUUUUUAAUGUAAAGUGAUUGUUGUUGUUUUUUAGGAAGGACAACAUAAUAAUGUGAUAAUGAGUAUUUGGAUGAAUAGGACAUUCACACAUCUGCAGACAGACGUCCGACUGUAAACACUCCCUGCAUAACAUUUGCACAGCACAACAGUUACUGUCAGUGUGUUUCUGAAGAAAAAUGUUAUUUUUCACUCAUCGGAUUAAAAAAAUAUUUUGUGUCAGUAAAUCUUUUGAUAACACGUCA